AUGAGCCGCCGGUACGAAACUCUGGCGACUACUCCAGCGCCCUUUGCGUGCCUGGCUUGCCGGGAUUCUAAGCGCCGAUGCGACCGCUCCAUUCCGCAGUGCAAAGGCUGCAUCCAAAAGCGAAUUGUGUGCGACUAUCCGUACCGCCGGAAGAAGCGAGAGCGAAAGCGACCAGCCAACAAUACUGCUGUCUCUCCAAUUUCAGGUCUCCUCACAGACCACUCUCCAGGCUCCGGCUCAGCGGAAUACUCCCAGGCAAGCCCGGGUUAUUAUGAUCUCGCGCCUUUGCACCCAACAGGUGCCAAUUUCCUCACUGAGCGGUUCCUGGACCCUGAGGGCUUCCGCAGCGCCCAGCUGAAAGUGCCCGAGUUGGACGUGGAUUACUUAAUUACCAAGGAUGUAUCCGACUUUGUUGGCGAUGUUGCAAACAUCAAGGCCGUAUCAGACAAGUUCUUUAAUUCUGUCCACGAAUGGAUGCCGAUUGUAUCCAAGAUCCAGUUUCUGGCCAACUUGGUCAGUUCGUUGACUCAUAAACGCGCUGAACUCUUUUUCCUCAUUCUCGCUAUGAAAUUGGUUUGCGAGCCAGGUUCAAGUUUAAGAACGCCGCUUUAUCAAGUAACAAAACGUUUGCAGCAUCAGAUUGGAAACUCCGGGGUUUUGUCUCUCCGGGUCGUUCAGGCGUCUGUCUUGAUUAUUAUUUACGAGCUGGGCAACGGCAUAUAUCCAUCGGCCUACCUUUCCAUUGCCAGUGCUGCUCGAUAUGCGAGUGCGGCUGACCUCGAUAAGUCAAUCUUGUAUCGCGAAAUCAGCGGUGUUUCGUGGCCAGAAUUGGAGGAACGUCGUCGAACUUGGUGGUCACUGCUUGUUCUGGACAGAUACUUGAACUUGUCCGAUCCGAGUCGCCACCUGGUGACUCCUGACCCACACAUAGAGAAUUGGCUCCCAGUUGAUGAUGCAGCAUUUAAUGAUGGAACAUCCCGACCUGAAGAUGCAUUUACUUUGGCUUCAGCUAAUGCUCUCACUUUGGGCCGAUUUGCUCGCUUUGCGCAAGCUGCCCAUUUACUCGGCCAAGUUUUACACCAUGUUGCUGUAAAGUCACCAGAGAGCGAGACUGCACAGUUGAGACGGACUAUUUUCUCCUUGGUUAAUGUUUCCAGCUUAGAAGCAGAGUUCAGGCGGCUGGAAUUCUGCUCACAAUCAGCUGUGUGCUAUUGCGGAAUACUCUUGCUAGACUGCUCUCAGCGUGAGAGAGAGUUGAACUGUCCCAUCAUAUCUCUCGACCACUUGUCCGUGGAAAGCAGCCUGAUUUCGCAGACCGUUUUGCAGAUAUCCUUGUACAUUGCAGAACUGACCGAACAGGAGAUACAUGCUCGCUCGUCUCCUUUCCUCCUGCAUAUGAUGUAUAGGGUGGCCAUGCUCUACUUGAAGGCUUCUAGGGCUACUCCUAGCGAGUCUCUUACUGAUAAACUGCAUCUUGUCAAGCAAGGGCUUGAGAUCCUCGGGCGUCGAUAUCAUGCUGCUCACUCGUAUAUCUCUCUACUAUCCCGGCAAGAAAUAAUGCAAGCAAUGCAGUAA